AUGCUGCUUGAUAACUGGCCCGUGGUUCCUCCCAUGGUCGUGAUUACCAGUCACGAAGUUGCCGAGCAGAUAUCCAAACCUUCGAAGUAUUUCCCUCAGUACGGCGUACCAAAGGCUCCAUCAGUAGACCGUAUUGUGAGCUUGAUCGGGCCCAAUUCAAUAUUAUUCAAACAGAAUGAGGAAUGGAAGGAGGUUCGCAAGAGGUUCAACCCGGGCUUUGCGCCACAACACCUCAUCACGUUGUUGCCUUUGAUAAUUGAGAAAGCCAUGCCUUACUUCGCCGUCUUGGAUGGAUUCUCCAGGACCGGAGAGGAAUUUUCACUUGAUGAAGCUACGACGAACCUUACUUUCGACGUGAUCGGGGCAGUAACCAUGGGCGAGGAUAUGAAUGCUCAAGACUUUGCUUCUUCUGGUCGGGACCAGCUCAUCAACAUGUUCAAGGAGAUGAUCAAGAGUAUGGAAUCCACCAAUCACUUAACCCCAGUAACUGCUGACAUAAACACAGCACAUCAAGACGACAAAUUACAGCCUCCCUGGUGGAUGGCACCUCUUGUUCAUCUGAGGCGACGUCGUCUCGGCGCGCGGAUCUCUCAGAAGUUGAGGCAGAUUGUCCGCCGCAAUUUCGAAGAAAUGGGGUCGGCAAAACAUGGAAGAGCUUCGUCUGACUCACCUCGCAGCAUCCUCGCGCUCAGUCUGCAGGAAACAGACUGUCUGACCCCCCAGAUAAUGGAGGAGACCUGCGACCAGCUCAAGACCUUCCUCUUUGCCGGCCACGACACGACAAGCACCACAAUAAUAUGGUGCAUUUACGAAUUGUUCAGGACCCCUCGUGCCCUGAAGGCCGUCCGCGACGAGCUAGACGCCCUCUUCGGUCCAGCGGCGGGCUCUAGCACCACCUCGGUCCAGGAGAAGCUGCUGGCCCCUGAAGGCAGCGAACUCAUCCAUCGCAUGACAUACAUCUCAGCCGUGAUCAAGGAAGUCCUCAGGCUCUACCCCCCGGCCGGUUCGAUCCGCACUUCCAGACCAGGGGCCGGUUUUGUGGUCUCCACCCCGCAGGGGGACUACAACCUCGACGGCACCUGGAUCUACCUCAACCACACGAUCAUCCACCGCGACCGUGCGGUAUUCGGAGAGACAGCUGACGAGUUUGUGCCUGAGCGCUGGCUGCAGUCUGACGCCAGUGGUGGGGCUGCCUGCCCGCCCAGCGCGUGGAGGCCGUUCGAGCGGGGCCCCCGGAGCUGUAUCGGCAUAGAGCUGGCGAACAUUGAGGCGCGGGUCAUCAUCGCCAUGCUUGUGCGCCGCUAUGAGUUCACCAAGGUCGGUCUGGGCGAAAAGGAACUAGACGCUGGCGGUCAGCCAAUCGUUGACGGCAAGGGCCAGUUUAAGGUCAAGUCCGAGUUGUACUCUGCCAUUCGAAUUACAGCCAAACCUGUCGACGGGAUGAUGAUGAAAGUGAAGAGCUUGGGAAUUUGA